ACGGGCGGCAACGUGAAGGUGCUCGGGAAGGCCCGUCCACUCCUGUCCCGCAUCGGAGACGAGCUGUACCUGGAACCCUCGGAGGACGGGCUCUCCCUCCGGACCGUGAACUCCUCCCGCUCCGCCUAUGCCUGCUUUCUCUUUGCCCCCCUCUUCUUCCAGCAGUACCAGGCGACCACCCCUGGUCAGGACCUGUUUCGCUGUAAGAUCCUGAUGAAGUCCUUCCUGUCCAUCUUCCGCUCACCCACACUGCUGGAGAAGACUGUGGAAAAGUGCUGCAUCUCCCUGAAUGGCAGGAGCAGUCACUUGGUGGUCCAGCUGCUCUACAAGUAUGGGGUGAGGAAGACUCACAACCUGUCCUUCCAGGACUGCGAGUCCCUGCAAGCCAUCUUCGACCUAGCUUCGUGUCCCCACAUGCUCCGCGCCCCAGCACGGGUCCUGGGGGAGGCUGUCCUGCCCUUCCCCCCCGCGCUGGCCGAAGUGUCGCUGGGCAUUGGCCGUGGCCACAGGGUCAUCCUGCGAAGCUAUCAGGAGGAGGAGGCAGACAGCACUGUCAAAGCCAUGGUGACAGAGAUGAGCAUCGGGGAGGAGGAUUUCCAGCAGCUGCAGGCCCAGGAAGGGGUGGCCAUCACUUUCUGCCUCAAGGAGUUCCGGGGAUUGGUGAACUUCGCAGAGUCAAACAGCUUGGAUCUCAGCAUUCACUUUGAUGCUCCGGGCAGGCCGGCCAUCUUCACUGUCAAGGACUCCCUGCUGGAUGGCCACUUUGUCUUGGCCACACUCUCAGAGACCAACCCUCACUCCCAGGACUUAGGCUCCCCAGAGCGCCGGCAGGCGGCGCCCCAGCCCCAGGCCGACAGCACACCCCACCUGGAUGACUUUGCCGGUGAUGACAUUGACUCUUACAUGAUCGCCAUGGAAACCACUGUAGGCAGUGAGGGCUCCCGGGCACUGCCCUCCAUUCCCCUUUCACCAGGGCCCCGGCGCCCCCGCAGCCCCAGCCCCCACUCAGAGGAGGAAGAGGAGGCUGAGCCCAGCACAGUGCCUGGGACUCCCCCACCCAAGAAGUUCCGCUCGCUGUUCUUCGGCUCCAUCCUGGCCCCUGUGCACUCCCCGCAGGGCCCCAGCCCUGUGCUGGCAGAGGACAGUGAGGGUGAAGGCUGAACCAAGAACCUCAAGUCUGCAUCCAGAGGAUGGGGGCAGCCCCUGCCGGGGUGGGCUGGGCAGCAGCCCAAGGGGUCGGGAAGGUGGGCUUGCUAGAGCCAAACUGGUGGUACUGCUGCCUCUGCAGACCCUGCCUGGCUAUCCACUGUGGAGCUGCCCUGCUGUGACCGGCCUGGGUCCUGUCACCUUCCCACAGCCUCCAACCAAUCAUGUCUGUCCCCAGACCUGGCCCUGAGCUGCCACCUGGCAGGACGUUCUUCUCUCAGGCCAGACUCCAGCCACGGUCAGAGACCCUCUUCCUCAAGCUUGCCUUCCUAGGAAAAAGGCCCAGUGGGCUGCUGGCCCCUGCUCUGCCAAUCCUGUUCCUUGCGCAAGUCCUAAACUCACCUCUGAGACCCCCUGUGGCCAACAGAUUGUUUUUCUGGCUUUCCCAGCAGUCUCUGGCUCUGGCUUGAAAUUCUAAGAGCCUCUGGACUGGAGUGUGUGUGUCUGGGGCUUGCCCUGGCUGGGGCCCUGUGCUCCCAAGUGGCUUUGUUCAGAAGGGCUGCCAGGCCAGUGUUUGGGACAAGAGAGAGGCCAUGGCGAGAAUCCAGCUUUGACCUUUAUUCAAGAGACCAGAUGGGUUGCCCCGAGAUCCGGCUGCCAGCCCUGAGGCCAAGCAAGGCUGGAGACCGGCGAUCUGGCCUGCCAUUGCCCUGAGCUGCAGCCUCGGCCCCAGGAUCCCGCUUGCAGCCGACGCAGGUGCAGCAGGGGGAGCCCUGGGGGAUUGGACGCUGCUAUUGAUUCAUUAAAAAAGAAAAGA